CUCAAACAGUCGAAAUAGACGUGAUAUCUGUCCUGUUUUUGGAGAAAUAUGAAUUUGUUGUUGUCUUGUAAUAAGGCUAUUUUUAAUGUGAUCUUUGGAAUGGCAAUUCGCAAAUAAUUUUCAUGUUUGAAUUAGGUAAUAAUUGAAUUAGAUGUUUUUAUAUUUCGACAUAACGUAUCAAAAAAUUUGCGUACGGUUACAUUAAAAUGAAUAGCUGUAAAUCAAUUAAAACCUACCACAACAGCAAACGUUCCAUCCGACCAAUCUCCGUUCAACGAAUAUAUCGCCAAGUUAUCAAUUAAUCCAUCUUUUUGCAUCCAUCGAAUGUAAUUGCUAAUGGUGGUUAAACCGAGGAUCGUUUCUGGUGUCUCGGCAUAAAGUGACUUCAAACUCGACCAUUUUUCACUUUCAAUCUUCACUAAUCGGUUUUCCAUAGCUUAUUCACGCGACUGGAUCUUGUGAUGUUUCUUCAGAAGUACAAAUGCAACUGUAAACAAUAUUCAGAACACAGACAAUUAUCUACCAUUUCAUUCAGAAAUUUCCAUAACCCGUUUUCUUAUCUUCAUGCUUGGAUCAUUGUUUUCUUGUGCCAAUUCUGUAUCGCACUGACUGCAUCAAUAUCUGCAUACUUGUCUGCUUGAUAUGAGAACAAAAAUAAAAAUGCAAUCAUUGACCGGUAUAGAAACGCUACUCAUAGAAAAAAUGACAAUAUUAUGAGCGAUAAGAUUGAAGAGAUAAGGUAAAUUGAAUAUUACAACAGGUAAUGUUUGUAGCGUAUGUGGCAUACAGUAUACCAAAAAUCGAUUGGAAUUAUAAAAAUUGAAGGCAAAGUACAGCAGCCAAAUAAAAAUGAAAUGUCAUCGCUAAUUCAGUUAGUGUCAUUCCUUCGAUUGGUAUUGUACUUUGAACGACAAUAAGCGAACCAUUUUCUUGAAGGAAAAAAUCAGUAGAGAAUUUGAAGAUUUGGAUAAACAAAUGAGUUUAAAAUGGCUUUGUGUGUUGAUAUACCGCGCAUUCUGAUGAAAUUAUUCCAUUUCGUUGCCUGGAGCCAAUAUUUUUUUGCGAUAUUUUAUGAUCUCAAUUAUGUCGUAGUGCCACGCAGUGAUACACAUCUGAUGACACGGCCUGGUUUCGGUGGGCGACUCCGAUUUUUGACAUAUUGGUGUCUGAUAUUCCAAGCGUUCUACUUUACACUAUGUGUGGUGAAUGAUUUUAUUGGUACAAAUGAACAUCAUCCAAAGCGACCAUCGAAACUACGCACGUUUAAGGAUUACAUCUUUGCAACUUUCGCAUUUCCACUGGCAAUGAAUGUGGCCAUUUCCUUUUGGUCCAUCUAUGCCAUCGAUCGUGAAUUGAUCCUACCCAAAUCGUUUGAAUCAUUCUUCCCACAUUGGUUGAAUCAUGUGAUGCACACAAAUAUUGUGAUUUUCAUUUUGCUGGAGCUAUUUACGAGCUAUCGUCAAUAUCCGAAGCGCAAGACUGGCUUCACUGGAUUGCUCAUUUUCAACAUUUUGUACGUGAUUUGGAUUCAUAUCAUCAAGUACAAGUCGGACAGAUGGGUCUAUCCAAUUUUAGAGGUGCUUAGCUUGCCGCAACGCAUUGGCUUCAUCGUGUUCAUUGGCGUGUUUGGAAUCAGUUUUUAUUUCGUCGGUGAAUAUCUGAACAACAAGAUUUGGGCCAACGAACUCAAACUCACCAAAUCAAGUGGCAAAAAGCACAAGUAAUUUAAUCCAGAUUCAAUGUGAAUGUAAAAGAAGAGGAAAAAAAACCAACAAUCGCCAAAUUACUAUUUGCAAUUGUCACAAAUUCACAAAAGCAAUUUGAACAAAUUUUUAUUGUGCAAUAACACUACUUAAUUCCAAUUUCCAUAGUAAUUCGUAGAUAUUUGUUGUCAGUUAUGUGUGUAUUCAUAUUAGUAUAUAUUUAUGAACAAUUGUCGGGUUUUUAGUCCAAUUUAUGAACAAAUCAAAUUAAUUAGAACAAUUAUUGGCUGUUAGGAGCUAAAUUUGUAAAUGUUGUGGAAUUUAUCAAUGUUUUAAUGAUCAAAAUCUUUGCUCAAUUUCAUUAGGUGUUUUAAAAAAAUAGCAGAAAGAAGAUUGUAGAAAAGUUCCGUUUUCUCUAAAUGACAUGUUACGUAGCUCUGAAUUUCUUUAUGAGUUAUAAACUCUCUCAGUAAAAGUUACCAAACACAGGAAAAUAAAAAUAAAAAGAAAUUGCGGUUUUAUUUGGAA